UGUUGCGCACGAUUAUAAAUAUCAAACAAACAAAGUGACGUAGGUGUUAAUUCAUAGAAAAACAUGAUCUUUUAUUGUAAUAUUAUUUAAUUUCUAUUUUACAAAUCUGUGAUGUUUUCACAAUCUAAAAAGUUUCCAUCUGAGGAGGAUUUUAGCGAAGAUGAUUCUUUGGGAUCUUCUAUAAGUUUAAGCGUAGGUGACAACUCUGUACACAUAAAAGAAAAACCUAAAUUAGUAAAGGAACCUGAACCUCCACCUGAUAGUGAAGUAAAUCCUGAGGAAAAAUGGUGGUUAAAAAGACCAGAAACUCGUCUUGAGGUAACCAAUACUAAAGCUAUAGAAAUAAAGACGAAGAAAACACUUACACCUUCACCUGACAUUAGCUCUUCUAUGAAAGAAUUUCUCGAGAAAGAAAAAAUGUGCAAAAUUAUGCAUAAAAGUGAAGGAGAAAUUAAAGAUAAAGAUGAUACAUUAUGUGAUAUACUUGCUUCUGCAGCUUUUGAUAAAUAUCAAUCAGAUUUUGAAAAUGCAACCGAUGAAGACAUAGGUAGCAUUUUAGAAGAAAUGAGCAGGAUUGCUGGGGCUUUAAGUCCAAAUUCUGCUCCGGAUAAUGCAAAAUCUGGAAGUUCAAGUAAACACCAUACGGAAGAAGAAAAAUCUGUAGAAGAAUUGUUAGAAGAGGCUGAAAAACUUGUUCUUAAGAAUACUAGUAAUUUGUCCAAGAGCAUAUCAAGGUCUGAAACUUUAGUUCCUGACAAUGAUCAAGAUAAUUUGGAUGAUCUAAAUAGGGUUAGACAAUUAGAGGAAGAUAUUUUUCAGUUAAUACAAGAAGAAGUACAUAAGGAAUCAGAGAAGAUUAAGAAAAGUCCGAAAUAUGAAAAAAGAAGGGAUACUAGUCCUGGAGUUGAGAUUACUUAUGAGAAUCUCAAUGCUUUGCGACCUCCUAAGACAUUAGAAUUUCAAAAGAAAAAAUUUGAGGAACAAAAAGUAGAAAUAUCUAGUAGUUCAGAUUUAGAUGAUCCAAUUGAAAGACAUUCAAGAUCAGAAGAAUUAAAAAGUAUUAAAAAAAUGAGUGAAAGCAAAGAUAGUUUGCAGAAAGAAAUAACAGAUGUAGAUAAAGAUUUUUUUGAAAAUCUUCUUAAAAAGUCGAAGGAGAAGCUAGAAGGAGGCAUGUCGGGUAGUUCUAGCUUUGGCCAAGAAGAUUUUUCACAUUUUUUAAGACUGUUACAGGGUCAAAGUGAUAAAAAAGAACAAGAAUUAAAAGAAACUAUGCCGAUAUAUGAUCUUUUUUUAAAAUCAACUAAAGGAAAUGAUAUUUCAACUGUAGACGGAAAGUCAGCUAUUGAUAAAAGCCCAGAAUUUCCAGAAAAAGAAAUUUCUGAAAUACUGGAAAAGGAACUACCUCAUACUCAUACUACAGGUACAUACAAAACGGGUGAAGUAGAGUCUAAUAUAAGAGAAUCCAAAGAAGUUCAACAUUUAAAUGAUAAAAAAGUAAUAGAUACUUCUUAUUCUACUAAGCGAACGCAUAGUCAGUUUGUACUACAUAAGGCAGAUCCGAUUUCUCCCAAAGUUACUGACAAAAACGAUGACAAUAAAAAAGUUGUCAAUUCAAAAAAUGAAUUAUAUACUGUGGGACUUACUCCGAGAUUAGAAUUGUUUGCAGAUGCUAUUCCUAAACUUAUUGCUGAAAAAUCUAAUGAAAAUAUACAAAAAGAAAAUAGAGUAAUAGUUGAAAGCGAUAAGAAAUUUAUUAUAAAGGAAACUACAACAAAGGCUAAAACUAGUGUAGUCAAUUCGGACAAGACUUCUCGAGUUAAUAAUAAAGAUUCUUAUCUACGUGAUUGGCGAAAACGCGUAUUGGAUUUACCUAAAAAUGGUCGUAUUGGUAGUGCGAUAGAUAAUAAGAAUCAAAAGAGAGAUAUUAGAUUCUGUAAAUCUAAAAGUUAUGAUCAAAUCUGUAAACCGCAAUUGAAAAACUCUCAAGAAAAUCUAAGAGUUCCAAAAUCUGCUGAUGCUACAAGGAAAGCAAAUCCAUUACUAUCAAAGAAAUCUCCUAUAUUGAAGCCAAAAAUUCAAUCUAAGCCCGUUCCUAAGAUUUUACCUAGAAGUAAAACUCUUUCACAUUCAAAGGCUGAUAUCGAGAAAACUGUUUCCACAUUAAGUUUACCAUGUAAAUCUCAAUUUAGGUCACCUGAAAGUCUUAUGGCUGGUGGUGAUACAAAGCAAAAUAUAAUGAAACAAAAUUGGGAAGUAUUAUGUCGUGAAGAAAAACAUAAAAAUUUAUUAUUAAAGCAACAAUUGGAAUCCGAAGUAAGGUUAUAUAAAAGUCAAAUAGAUAAUAUGCGUUUGGCUUUUGAGGAAGAGUUAUUUGCAUUAAGGAAGGAGAACAUAGUUUUGAAAGCAAAAGUAGAUGAGUUAUCUUUAAAUGAAAAACAUGUAAAUGUUCAUUCCAAAUCAGAUGCUAAGGUUAUCGUUUUGGAAAAAGAGAUAGAAAAGUUAGAAAAUGUAACUCGUACUUAUGAAACUGAAAAUAAAAAAUUGCUACAAGAUACAAAACGUAUGCAGGAAGAAAUUAAAAUGUUGCAGUUAAAACAAAAAUCUACCACAUUAGAAACGAAUGAAAUGCAACGUUUAAUAGAUCGUGUUAAAGAUUUAGAGGAAGAGGCAUUAAAAUUAAAUUUAGAAGUUUCUGAGCUUAAAGAGAAAAAUGCUGAUUGUAUAUUGAAGAAUGAUGAUUUAAUACAACAAAAUGGUUUACUUAAUGAUGAAUUGGAAAUGUUUAAAGAACAACUUAGAACAAAGAAUGACUUUAUUACAGAUAAAUUACAGGCCACGAUUAAAGUAGAGGUUGACUUGAAAAAACAGGUGGAAGAACUGAAUAUUAAAUUAAGUUCUAAAACUGAUCAAUUACGUACAACAAAAUUAGAAUUUGAAAAACUUCAACAAAGAGUUUUGCCCUUAGAGAAGGAACUUCUAGAAUUUAGGGUUAAGGAAGGUAACUUACAAGAAAAAUUACAGACUGCUAAAAAUCAUAUUGAACGUGAGAAGCAACUUACACAAAAAUUGAAGGAUCAAGUAAUACUUGAUAACAAAAAAAUUAUGGAUCUGACAAGACAAGUACGUGAAAUGGAACGUAUUCUUAAAAGAAAAAAUCCAGAUUCUGUAUCUGCUUUAAUAUUAACUGCUAAUUCGGAACAAGACAAAAUUGGAACUGAAAAAGUCAAACUUCUUGAAGAAAGAAUAGCUGUUCUUGAGAAAGAACUAGAAACCAAAGAAGAUAUUUUACAGAAAAAAUUACUUCACUUGCAGCAAACAUUUUCUGAUAUGAAAGAAAAAUAUAUUUCUCAAAUAACAGAAUUAGAAGGCAAAUUGUUAGAAGCAACUGCUGCAAAUCAAAAGGUAUAUGUUGAUAUGUUUACACAAACAACUGGUAAAAACAUUGAAAGUAAAGGGAUAGAAACAUGUAAGAAAGAUGAAAAGUCUUUAUUAAUUGAUAAGGAGGACAAAAAAGAUCAAAGAAUUGUAAAGGUUGGUCCAAAAUCUCAAAAUCCGAAAGAAGAUACUCAUCUUAUUGCUACAAUACGUGGACUCAAAUUGGAACUUUCAAAUAAAGAUAGGGCAGUUUCUAAGCUUACAAAAGAAUAUCAGGAAUUACAAAAGACUAAUAGACGAUUACAGAAAGAACGUGAGAAACUUUUAAAUGAUCGUAGAACUUUUAAAAGUGCAGAUCUUGAAAAGACUAAUGCAAAAUUGCUGGGUUCACGAUCUACAGAAGGUAAUGAUCAGAAUUCAAACAUAUAUCAAAAUGGACAUGUAACAGACCAGGGUACACGAUUAUCCGCAUCUAAUCAUAAAUUAUAUGAUCCAAUGAAUUAUACAGAAACUACUGAUAAUACCUUGGUCAAAAAAUUAUUGAGCGAUAAUGAAAUUCUAAAGGAAGAAUUAAACAAAAUGAAUAAGGACUUCAUGGCGCUGAAAAAUAAAAGACUUCACGAUUUGAAUAUUUUACAGGAAGAGCAUGAACGAGAAAUGGCUACUCUUGUGAAGGAAUACAGUGUUAAAUUUGGAGAUUCUAAAGUGGUAAAAUUACAGGGUCAGGUUAAUUCACAAGUUGCUGUAAUUACUCAUUUGAAGGAACAGAUUGAUAAAUUAAGGGAUUACAAGGAGCAGGUGGUUGUGUUGAAGGCUGAACGAGAACAUUUAGAGAAUAAAGUGAAAACGCUAAAUGAGAAAGUCAAAUAUCUUUCUACGCCGGGAACUGAGCAGUUACAAUUACUACAGGACAAAAUAACAAUUCUUCAACAAAGGCACGAAAGUCGCGAAAUGACAUUACAGUCUUUGGUACGUAAUUUGCUUAGAAAUCGUACGCAGUGUAAAGACUGUAAAAAUGAAAAGGGUAAAAAUCGGCAGCUUUGUUACUUUCGUCAAGAACUUGAUCACAUUCUUGCAAUGUUACAAGAAAUUUCCAAUUCUCAUUAAUAUUGACACAUAUUUAAAUGUGUCUUUUUGAAGUGCCCAUAAGACUGUUGUUAAUCAUGUAAUUGUAUCAUCACAUAAUUUCAUAUGUGGUGGUUGUUUCAUUUGUUGAACUAUACGAUUCGUUUCUCUCGUUUGAUCACGUCGAGCAAAAGCCAUGGCCAAAGUCUAACGUCCAUGAUAUAAUUAUUAUUAGAUUAGCUUUAGCCAGUGUAUUUUUCUUCUCUUGCUAUUGCAUUGUUAAGACUAUUACAGAAGUUUUAUUGCUGCGAAUACAAAUAUAAAAAAACUUCUUAUAAAAAUGGAUGAGAUCUUUCAUCACUGCCAAAGAUACGACUACUACUUAAAUAGUAGUUAUUACAUAGCUAGCAACGAAAUGGUAUACGUUAUUAAAUCUCUUUGUCUUCUUAUGCCUGCUUGCCAUUAGACGUAUAUAUAUUUAUGCAACGAGUCAGCCAAAAUAUCUAAGUUAAAGGUUUUUAAUUUUGACAAAUUUAUAAUUUAUUUUUAAUAAGAAAAUCAAUGAUAUUAAUUUAUUAUUUUUUAGCUUUAUAUAAAUUAACAUUAAAUGUUCCAACUUGUGGGACUUAAAAUUUAUAGGCACAUGUGUAUAUAAAAUAUUCAUUGCCGUUAUUUUGUUAACUGUGACUCGACGAAGUGAUUAAUUAGAUCACUAGAUAGAGAUUUACUCACACGUUUAUCUUCCAGAGUUAGGUAGAAUCUAGUUUUUUAUAAUGUCCUUUCUUGAAGAUUUGUAAAUAGUUGUCAUCUUGUUCGGAAUUAUAUUUAUGCCAUAUUUAUCCGAGUUUUAUUAAAAUACUCGGUUUUUCAGAAUCAACGAAUUCAUAUUUGCGAAUAUAUCAUUCAUACAUACCACGGUGUAACUUAUUCAUUGCUAAAGAUUCUACGCAUUUAGUCUUAAUGAUCUCGCCAAAGUAGUUGUAUUUAUAUAGCACACAUACAUAUAUACAAUCGCACAAUUUAAUGCAUUCCGGCCUCUAUAGUGUAAUGAAGAAUUCAUCAGAGAUGUAUAUUUUACUUAUUCUAAUUAGAAAAUUAAAAUUUUCAUCUAAAUGUAUAACUUAAGCUAAUUAAAUGGAGCGAUUACACGAGUCGAAUUCUUUUUCUAGUAUAUAUUAUGCCAAUAGUAUAAAAGAAAAUAAAAAAAUAAAAUAAAAAAAAAAAAUUUCAAUUUUCUGUCUUGUGUAAUCGCUGCUUGUUUUUAUUAAAGAACCUGUUGAUAUAUUUCACAAUUGAAUGUGCUGCAUUACAAGGUUUCGUUAUUCAAAGUAUAUUAUUAUUCGUAUAGAUGAAACCUAAAAUUUUAAGUAGAACUAAAUGUUUUUUCGAAUUUGUACAUACAUAUCUAUUUGAGCCAGUUUAAUAGUCUACGG